GAGGCAGAGGUAGCAGGAGCAGCCAGCCCAGCCCAGCGACCCCGCGUAGCAACCGCCAGGUUUUUCAUCCUGUCAUCAUCGCGUCAGAGCAGCGCGUGCACAUAUAUAGCACCCCGGCUCCCGGUCUCGCCUGCCCUCUGUUCCAUCCAGCCAUUGCUGCUCUGACCAGAAGCUUCAGGAAACCACGAACAGUGAGACGGAGAAGAGAGGGGGAGAGGGGUCGGGGUUGGUAUGGGGAGAGGACGAGCACCGUGCUGCGCCAAGGUUGGCCUGAACAGGGGGUCGUGGACGCCGCAGGAGGACAUGCGCCUCGUCGCCUACAUCCAGAAGCACGGCCACGCCAACUGGCGAGCCCUCCCCAAGCAAGCGGGCCUGCUGCGGUGCGGCAAGAGCUGCCGGCUGCGGUGGAUCAACUACCUGCGGCCGGACCUGAAGCGCGGCAACUUCACCGCCGAGGAGGAGGAGACCAUCAUUAAGCUGCACGGCCUACUCGGCAACAAGUGGUCCAAGAUCGCGUCGUGCCUGCCCGGGAGGACGGACAACGAGAUCAAGAACGUGUGGAACACCCACCUGAAGAAGAGGGCGUCUCAGAGGGAGCAGCAGCAACAGAAGCCGGGAGCUACCAAGAGCAAGGACAAGGCCGUGGACACCAGCGACGCCGACACGCAUUCCCCGUCGUCGUCGGCGUCCUCCUCCUCGACGACGACGGCCAACAACAACGGCUCCAGCAGCGGCGAGCAGUGCGGCACGAGCAGGGAGCCCGAGACGGUCGACGUAUCCCUCCUCGAACCGGAAAUCGACAUCGCGGACAUGCUGCUGGUGGACGACGCGCCCACGGAGGCGUUGCUCGCGGCGCCAAUGCCGCCGUCCCCGUGCUCGUCGUCCUCCCUGACGACGACGGCGUGCAUCGGCGCCGUGUCGGACGACGAGCUGCUGGACCUGCCGGAGAUCGACAUCGAGCCAGAGAUAUGGAGCAUCAUCGACGGCUACGGCGGCGCGCCCGUCGCCGCAGGCGCAGGCGACGCAACAGUGCCAUGUACGACGACGGCCAACGCCGCGAGCGCCAGCCCGGGAGAGGAGGGAGCGGAGUGGUGGGUAGAGAAUUUGGAGAAGGAGCUCGGCCUGUGGGGGCCCAUGGACGAGUCCCUGGCCCACCCGGGCCCACUCGGACAGGUCUGUUACGCGGGCCCACUCACGGAGCUGACAGAUGGGGACCCAGUCUCCACCUACUUCCAGUCCGGGCCCACCGCCUCUCCGCUGCCGGAGAUCGCGUCAUCAUCCGCCGUUCUGUCAUGAGCCCCCGGUGGAUCACGUCCGUCCGAUCGGGACCAGACGGCUGAGUUUAAAUCAACAGUGAUCUGAUCCAACGGACGAGAUCGAUCUCCCAUUGCACUA